UAUGGUAAUUCUGUCACGUGACGACUAUGGUUUGUCACCCUCUUGGGGCGGUGAAAGCUGUUUCCUAACAUUGUAAUACUCAAGCCAGAAGCUAAAUCUAGUGAAUUACGCUACUCAACGUGAUCUAAUCACACCAGCAGGCAGGUGCAGUAAUGGAUCUUGUCGUAUCCCUGGGCCCUAUACUCUGUCCCCUCCUAUCUUGCCUUUGCAUAUGGAUAUCCUUAUAUGCCAUCAUCAGCAUCAUCAACACGAAUCGCAGCCCAGAAUGGAACUGUCGUUUGGUCACCAUAAUCCAUGCCAUCGUCAGCACCGCCCUCUCUUACUGGUGUGCCUUCAGGACUGGUCCUUGGCCCUUUGAUACCUUCGGCGAAGCAAGCACCCAAUUCCAGACACUUAUUGCUACAAUAACACUUGGAUAUUUUCUGUUUGAUUUCACUUGGUGCUUAUACAUGGGUACAGAGGGCCUAAAUAUGCUAGCACAUCACAUGAUAUCAGUCUACAGCUUAUCUUACAUUGUGAUCAAUGGAUAUUCAGGGUCUGAAAUUGUUGCAACAAUAUUUGGGUCUGAAAUGACGAAUCCAUUCCUACAAAUGCGCUGGUUCUUGAGGGAAACUGGAAACUAUGAAUUGAGGAUAGCUUAUAUCAAUGACUUAGUGUUCUUGACAUUGUUUUUAUUUCUUCGGCUUGGGCCAGGAACAUCUGUCUUGUACUGGACCUUGAAGUCAAGUAAACCAGCACUUGUUGUCAAAGCGGGAGGAAUAGGUUUGUAUCUUGUUGGCGUAGUAUGGAGUUUCUAUAUCAUGCUAUUUGCAUGCAAGAGGUUUUUUGGGAAGAAAAAAGUUACCUAAAUUAGCAGCCCCUGCUACAUCAAUGGUCCGUAACAAUUAUAUUUUCCGAUAAAACUUGCUAGUAAGAGGAUGCACAUAUUUCUCAAACUUUUUUUCACUUUCACUUCUAAAUGUUAAUGAAAUAUGAUUUCAUAUGAAAUAUGAUUUUUAAUUCUGAUUCUGAAUCGAAUGUACAUGUUAAAAUCCAACAAUGUUAGUAUCAAUGUAGUAUUUUAUUUGUCAUACAAAUAUGAAUGAUAUUUUCAAUAAAAAUCUAUAUAAAAUGUUUCAAACUUGA